AUGGGUGGUCAGGUUUCCAAGAUUAUGGGGAAGAUUUUUGGUACGAAGGAGAUGCGGAUUUUGAUGCUGGGUUUGGAUGCUGCUGGAAAGACCACAAUCCUCUACAAAUUGAAGCUCACCAAUCAGGACGUCACCACUAUCCCUACCGUCGGUUUCAACGUUGAAAGCGUCACCUAUAAGAAUGUGAAGUUCAAUGUCUGGGAUGUUGGUGGACAGGACAAGAUCAGACCCCUCUGGAGACACUACUAUUCUGGUACACAAGGUUUGAUCUUCGUUGUGGACUCCAGCGACACUGCUCGUUUGGAGGAGGCUCGCUCCGAGCUUCACAAGAUUAUCAACGAUCGCGAAAUGAAGGAUGCUCUCUUGCUGGUCUUUGCCAAUAAGCAGGAUGUUCAAGGCCACAUGAGUCCCGAGGAAGUUACUCAAGCGCUACAGCUCACCAAGUUGAAGGAUAAGCUGUGGUACGUUGCUCCAAGUGUCGCAACGGAGGGAACUGGUAUCUUCGAGGGCCUGGCAUGGCUCUCCAACAACGUGAAGACGCAACCCCAGAAAUAA